AUGGCUAGAGAAAGCACCGCGCCGGCAGAAGUUCCCCUCACGCCUGGGGCCAACCCGAACUCUCAGCCUCGCCCCGCACAUAUGAAGGAGCCAGAAUUUGGCAAACCAUCGCCGAUCGGCCCACAACAGAGAUCGAAUCACCUUUUUAACAUUCCCAAACCAAACCAGGCUCGGGCCGAGCAUCAUCGAGUUCCCCAACCAUUCACAUCCCAAGCCGACCCACGGGCGCCCAGACGAGACCAGCAAGGUCCUCCGCCACACGGCUUUCGUCCACCGGUCACCGGCACCCCUAUUGCAACACCCUCGGUGAAGCGUAGUGAGCCAUGGGACCCUUUCAAGCCGGUGGCGCCGUCUGCCUACAACAACCCCCGCGGAGGCUUUCAGCACGGUUCUGUGAGCAUCAAGCGCCCUGAAAAUGUCACUUGGACAACUCCUCGGGCGCCUCGGCCUAUCUUCCAAUCCAAGCCUCUCCCGCCGAAGAUGUCGAAUUCGUCGAAGAACCUGCAAAGCUUCAUUGAUCUUACACGCGAUGAAAAUGAACCUGCCCAUAGAGCACCAGCUAGUAAUGGUCACCCCAACUUCGGGGCCAUGGAUAUGAACGGCUAUGUCGAUGCGGCUAUGGCGAACGAGAACAUCAAAGCUUUGCUAGAAGGUGCAUUCGAAGACGAUGAGGAGAAAGCAGAGUCCAAAUCCAAAAGCAAGAAAAAGAAAGGGUCAAGAAAGAAGCAGCCCAAAAAGAAGGAAGACGUUGCGGACAAAAAGGAAGAACAAGCAGCCGACGACCUUGAUGAUCUUGCCGCUCAACUCUCUGGCGUCACUGUCAAAGACCCGAAGGAGGAUGCCAAAUUUGACGAGCUAAAUGAAUCAUCUGUGAAGGAUAGCGAGAGCCAUAACCAAGCUGCCGAGGAAGACGAAAACAGCGCUGAGGCUGAAAAGGAGGAAGAGGAGGAGGAGGAGGAGGAGGAGGAAGAAGAAGAAGACGAAGAAGAUGAUGGGGUCGUUGAGGGCCUGAAAGUCACCUUAUUGCCCCAUCAGAUUGAAGGAGUUAGAUGGAUGUGCGACAAAGAGAACGGGCGAAAGACGUCCAAAGGAAUUUUUCCAAAGGGCGGAAUUCUCGCAGAUGACAUGGGCCUGGGCAAAACCGUCCAAGCAAUUUCUUUGCUACUCAAAAACCCCAAAUCCGCCAACGAACACAGCGAAGACAAAGGUUCCAACGAAAAGGAAGGCAAAACAACCAACAAAACAACCAAGUUGCCCCCGAAUUGCAUCAGCUCCACCCUUGUUAUCGCACCCCUUGCGCUGAUCAAACAAUGGGAAGCGGAAAUCAAGGACAAAGUUGAACCAAGCCACAGGCUGAGUGUCUGCCUCUAUCAUGGUGCAACACGUGCCAAAACUGCGACUACUUUGGAUAAAUACGAUGUGGUGAUCACAACAUAUGGAACUCUUACCUCCGAGUUCAACUCAUCAGCAUCUGACAAGGCCAAGAAGGCGGGAAUAUUCGCAGUUCACUGGUACCGCAUUAUUCUUGAUGAGGCGCAUACUAUCAAGAAUCGUAACGCCAAAGCCACCCAGUCAGCCUAUGCUUUAGAUGCUCAGUAUCGCUGGUGCUUGACCGGCACGCCUCUACAAAACAACCUGGACGAGUUGCAGAGUUUGAUAAAGUUCCUUCGCGUGAAGCCUUACGAUGAUUUAGCCGCCUGGAGAGAUCAAAUUAGCCGACCUUUAAAUAAUGGUCGGGGAGGUCUUGCCAUUCAGCGACUCCAAGUGUAUUUGAAGGCAUUCAUGAAACGUCGCACUAAGGAUGUACUCAGGCUCAAUGACAGUGUCAAACCUGGCGAGGAAGCGCCAGAUGGAAAGCCAAAAAAAUCAUCCAAUGGGUUCCAUAUCACCAAGCGUGAGGUCAUCAAGGUUGCCCCUGAGUUCAUGCCUGGCGAGUUGAAUUUCUACAAACGCCUGGAACAGCGAACAGAUAACAGCCUUGAGAAGAUGAUGGGCGGUUCUAAGGUCGAUUACGCGGGCGCUUUGGUCUUACUCUUACGUCUUCGUCAAUCCUGCAACCACCCGGAUCUGGUCAAGGGUGAUUUGGCCAAGGAUAAAGAUAUUCUCUUGCAGAACGGCGCUUCGAACAGCCAGUCAUCCCAAGCCAAGUCAGAUGACCUCGACAAUAUUGCCGAUCUCUUCGGCGCGAUGAGCGUUGUCACGAAAAAAUGUGAUGUUUGCCAGACGGACCUUAGCCAAGACGAGGUCAAGGCUGGUGGUACUCGCUGUGCGGAGUGUGAAGCUGAUUUAAACAUCAAUGUCAUGGGCACAGAUAAGAAGAAAAAGAAGAAGUCAAAGAAGAAUCAACACGAGGAACUCGAUAUUCUAGAAUCCCCGUCCGCCCGCAAAUCUGAGGCGCCAAUUUCCCGCUCUCGCAGAAACCGACGAGUCAUUCUCGACAGCGACGAUGAGGACGAAGAAGGUGACUGGAUCGUCCCCGAAGAUCAACGCAAGACGCACAACCUCGGCAAGGCUGGCGGAUUGGAUGACGAGAACGCUGAAGGUGGUGGUGAAUGGCUUAACUCAGAAGAUGAAACGGAUGAUGAAAUCGAGUCACCGUCCAGGAGAAAGAGCAAACCUAUCGUUCUCAGUGAUACAGAGGAAGAAUCCGACUCCGAGGCGGAGGAUAUCUACAAUGAUGAAGGCGAAAAUGGAGAGCUUCCAUCGACCAAGAUUCGCCACUUGAUGCGCAUUCUCAACCGCGAGGCGCCGGAUUUCAAGUUCAUUGUUUUCUCUGUCUUCACCUCUAUGCUUGACAAGAUUGAACCUUUCCUUAAGCGCGCCAACAUUGGCUUUGCCCGCUACGACGGUGGAAUGACAAACAACCACCGCGAGGCCAGUCUCGAGAAACUACGCAACCAUAGUGGAACUCGCGUCCUUCUUUGCAGUCUGCGUGCUGGUGCAUUGGGUCUCAAUUUGACUGCGGCUAGUCGUGUAGUCAUCCUAGAACCAUUCUGGAAUCCAUUCGUAGAAGAACAAGCCAUCGACCGUGUCCACCGCCUUAACCAGACCGUCGACGUGAAGAUCUACAAGAUGGUCAUCAAGGGCACUGUUGAAGAACGAAUCGUCGCUCUACAAGAUCGCAAGCGCGAACUAGCCAACGCCACAAUCGAGGGCAAGACCGGUGCUGGCAAGUUGACCAUGCGUGAUAUGAUGGCUCUCUUUGGUCGUGACGCCGAGUCCAGAUUCACAGAUAACCAAAGCACUCUGGAUUUCAACCAGCCUACCCGCCUCUUGAACAAUGGCGAGACUGAAACCGGUCCCUCGACUUCUCAAACUUCAUCGAAUUCUGAUCUACGCAGUCGUGGUCGCGAGUUCAAAGCUAACAAGCCACGAACUGAGGACUCUGUUUAUGGUCGACGAUGGUAA